AAAUCAAAUGUGCCCGGUAUUAGAAAUCGGUUCCGAUCGAGUGCCCAACGAUGACGGUAACGAUAAUCGUCAAAUCGGUUGUCCUACGAAACAAAUCGCGCGUUCUCCAUUCGUGUGUAUAUAGUUAUAGCGAACGGAGGCCGCGCGUCAUCGAGACGGCGCGUAUAUACACGUCGAAAGGCAGAAAGAGCGAAACGAAGAAGAAAAUCGCAUGGAAAGUCUUCCGAUUUCCGUGGAAAAUCCGUGGAUCGAAAGAACGGCGGAUUCGUGUAUAAGUUCUUAUAAAUAGAACCGAGAAAGGCGAGCACCGGAAAAGUUUUCCUGUCGCGCGAUGCCGCGACGGGACGACAGCAUGUCAACCUGUAAAACGAACAAAGAAAGAUUUAACCUAGGAGAGAGGGAAAGAGCGACAGAGAGGGAGGAAGGGAAAAUAGAAAGGAGAGGAAAAGAGAAGGAAGGAGCGAUCGGAAUAAAACGAAGAAAGAGGGAGAGAAAGAAGGAGCACGGUGGACGCGCGGUAUCCAUGCUCUUAGCGCGGAUCGCUAGAAGAGGAAAGAGGCGAGGAGAGCGGCUGAGAGGGAAGCGCGCGAGCGCAAGCGCAAUGAGGCAUGGAGUUGCUCUCGUCGCACGCCACAUUGAAAGCUUGCGACAUGCCGCAAAGCCGCUCAGUCGUGCGCCAGCUCUUGUGCGGGUGAUAUCGUUUUCUCGUUUUCUGGGCAUUCUCUGUGGUGUACCGUAACCGUGAGCACGAAAAAGCCCGCGUAGGCGUGGUGAACGCGUUGGCGCAUACGAACCACGCGGUUUUAACCGAGUAACGAUCAUCUUGUGUCCUCCUAAGGCUGCCGAAAGUUAGCGCGGCGCGCUUCUUCGUCCUCGAAAAUUGGAAUAGUCGAGGGUCACGUUUUGGUACUUGGACCAGUGUCAGAUCUCGGCCCGUCCGCACGGGAAAAUCCCCGGCUUGCCGCUCGAGGUCGUUCUCUCGUGGUAAAGUUUCACAGCGAUACGAUUGGCUCUCUGUUUUUCCGUGCACGACGUGUAAUCGAAUUACAAUCCGAAAUACGGGUAAAUUAUUCAAAGAAACCGAGAAUAAAAACAAACGGACACUCGGAUAUAAAUACAACGAUAAGGCGAAAGAAGGUGAUAGUAGAAUCGCGGAAAGAUAUAUCGUAUCUGUGAUGUGCGAGUGAGCAAUGGAGUCACCAGUCAUGUACGAUUCAGCGGCCCAUCAGGCUCAGGCCCACGGUGCGGCCGAUCUCAAGAAAUCUCAAGUACUCAACAACAAUAAUAACAACCAUCAGAACAACAACAACAACAACGCAGCGAACAACAAUAACUCUGCUCUGCAGGUGAAUCAUAAUCACAGUCAGCAGCAGAGCAGCUCGGUGGUGAGCAAGGUCUCGGCGAGCAAGGCUAGCCUUCACCAACAGUACGCGGAACAUUGCGCCGCAGCCGGUGAGCUGACAGACCUGAAUACGCCAGAGAUAUCGUUAGAUCUGCAACAUCUGAUCGAUGAUAGCCACUUCAACGACGGCCUGCUAGAUAUGUUGGGUGCUAACAACGGAGCCGUGAAACAUGUCAGAACGCCGGGUUAUCCACGUACCACGCUCGCGUACAUGCCGCAACCUGUCCACAGCGGAGCGAGCUAUCACCAGGGCAGCAACAGCUGUAGCGACAGCAACAGCUCGAGUUCCGAAUCGCCCAGCAUUAAAGAGGAACCGCUCGACCCGGCGGACUAUCGUCGUCACUGCCCGCAAUAUCCACCAGGCGGAUACAGCCCAGUUACAAACGGACCGUUCGCCAACGGAGCACCAACCUUCACAACAUUAACGCCGUCCACGGUACCUGGAGGGCAUCCCGGUGCACCGGUGCACCAACCACCGCCUCGGGGAGGACCGAUGAAGCCUGUGAUGGCGCAUCAACAUCACGCAAACACUGCCGCCGCUGUUGCCAGAAAACAGACCAAGGCCAUCGACAAAGCCAGCGACGAGUACAGAAGACGACGCGAAAGGAACAACAUCGCGGUGAGGAAAAGUCGCGAGAAGGCGAAGGUACGAUCGAGGGAAACCGAGGAGAAGGUGAAGCUACUGGUGAAAGACAACGACCUGCUCAAAAAAAGGAUCGAAUUGCUGACGGAGGAACUGAACGUUCUUAGGUCUCUGUUUAGCAGCGUCGGCGUGGUACCGGAACAGCUCCAUCGUGAGAUCUCGAGGCAUCUCGAUCAAUUCCAACAGCACGCGGUGGGGCCCAUGUAGCGCACGACAACGUCGUCGUUGAGUACCACGGUGGCAUCGUGCCGCCUUUAUUACGCCCUUCUCUCGUCCACCGGUAUCGGCCUUCGUCCCUUGCCUUUCGGGUCGAUUCCAUUGCGAAAGAGAGUCAUUUCGAAGCGACUUCCGUUUUCCGGGUUGCCUGAUGGUUCAGCUCCAUCCUUUCGCACCCGCGUCAUCCGGAUCUAAGUAAAAAAGAAUGUCCUGGAUCGACAUUCGUCGCGGACGUUACUGCGUCUUUUCUCGUUUCGUUCCACGGUAUGGAGAACGCGAGAUGUACACGUGCGUUUGUUCGACAGAAACGACACACGCAACUCGCGGACAGAAGAAAAGACGCAAUGGGAAUGGAAAAUAGAGAGUAAGACGAAGAGAGAGAGAGAGAGAGAGAGAGAGAGAGAAUAUCUCGUGGAGCGACGGGAAUGAAGAAACGAAAGAGGAUAGGAGAAGAAGGGAGAGGCGUGACUCGUUUGAAGAAGAGACGCUCGUCGGUUUCUCCCCGGGGAGAGCUUUUCGGCAGCUGAAGCUUACCUCGAUAACCUCACGUGUGGAAGAAAAGUGCCUCUGCUCAUGACGAACUUUUGUUUACACCAAGUGCAUCGGACACUUUCCCCCCGUUCGUCUGUACACGACACGCAAUGAAACGAAGAAAAAGAUUUAGAAAAACGAAAAAAAAAAGAGAGCGAACAGAAGACACGAGGAAUGAUUUUCGAGGCUUCUCACGUGGCCACCAUGUUGCGAUCCUCUUCUUCGGACCUUCGGUGUUACACGAGAGAUAGAUGAAAAUUAAUCGAGAUGGACGAUCGAUUCAUUCGAUCUUCUUUGUUUCUUUCUUUUUUCCUUCUUUCGUAUCUAUCUUCUAUCUUUUUUUCUUUUUCUUUUUUUCUCAAUGUACGUAAGACUGGGUGGUGGUUACCGCGUGUCUCGCGAGUUCGCCACCUCAUUCGAUCGCGUAAUUCGCAACACGAAGACACGUUGCGACUCUGAACAAAUCAUGCAUCGAUGUGUACAAGCGCAUCAAUCACACUCUCACAUACAUAACGCUCACACGUAACUCAAAUACUUACAUACGUAGAGGCGCGUGCUCGCAUAUACAUGCACCAACACGUGCAUACGCGUAUCGAUGCGCGCAUAUGUAAAUUCAUUUGCAUAAAUCUUUGAUUCUCUUUACAUUAUACAUUUUUGAUGCACCUUCCACUGAUCAUACAUACGAGUACAAAGCAAAACACGCAUAUUUACACAUACGUGCACAUACACAAAUUUAUACAUACAAAUCUACAUACAAAGUGACGAUGCGAUGGCGCGAUACGUACGUGCACCGCUUUACGUUCAGACUCUUAGAUAUCGAUCGAUCAAAUUAGAUUAUCGUUCUUAUUACCAAGUACCUAAAAAGAUAUGCCGAGAUACCAUAAUUUGCGAUCAGCAUCGAUGCGAUAACAAUGUCCAUGUUACCUUCUCGAUUCAUGUGUUGUAUUUUCUUCGACAGGAUGAAACGGCGCAACCAUACCCUAAAAACACACAUACACACACACACACACACACAUAUACACGGGAAAAAAGAAAAGCACUCAUAUCACAUGCCCUUGUAUUAUAGCUCUAUUUUAAUUUUAUUAUAUUCGAGAUGUAUGUACAUAAAAAAAGCUAAUAUAUUUUGUUAGAGAAACGAAGCGAAGCGGACUCGUGUUUUUUGUGAGAGAACGAGAGAGCGUGAAAGGACGAAAGGGAAGAGAAAAUAAAAAAUUAUAAAAAAUGUCGAAUGUGUGCGAGCAUGUGUCUAAGAAAGCCAAUCGUUAUAAUUAUACGUGUUAAUGUGAACGACGAGUUAGGCGAUUGCGGCGAGAGGGGAAGAGAGGAGAGAUAGAUAAUUCACCGACGUUACCUGGGAUUUGGUCUAACCAAAUCCCCUUUAUCUUGAGUUACCGUAAAAAUCGCGUGAAGCGGGCUUCAUUCUUUUUUCUUUUUGUCUUCCUCGUUCGUAGAUUCGAUCGCGUGCGAGAGAACGAUAUUUGUUAUUACCUUAUAUACGUACUUGUGCGGCAAGUUUAAUACUUUUUCUCUUCUUUAUUUUAUUUUAUUUUAUUUUAUUUUAUUUUAUUUUAUUUUAUUUUAAUGUCUCUUUUUCUAAGACGUUUAUCGGGUCUCUCAAUGAUGCACGACUCAAACAAAAGUGUGUACGCGUUCAUCACUUGCGUGUGUAUGCCCGCGUACAUCACGCAUGUCCGCACACGAGCGUGUACGUGCAUGUGCACGCGUUCCUUGGCGUAUGACUGAUGUAUGUUAGGUACGAGAUUACCUGUCACGGUUGUCUUCUUGUCUAUGCACAAAUAUAUUUUGAUAUAAAAAUCA